AUGUCGAAGACUUCCCUCGUUCUGAUCUACGCCCUACUGUUCGGAUUUCUGGCUUCGAAUGGUGUGAGCUCCGAAUGUAAAGUGGAGGACCCAGUGAAUCAGUGUGGUGGAUUCUGCUUCAGAUCUCUGUGGCCCAUACUGAAUCACAUUUCGUACCACCAAGGAUCGGGAGGGAAUCUCACCGAUUCCCAUCACCAAGGCUCACGAGUUCAGCUGGAAAAUAUUGAAAAGCAACUGGCUGCUCAGCAACAGAUCAUCUCGAACUUGGCAUCAUCGCAGGGAAAAUCCAAGAGGAAGGGCAUCCCGGCGAAGUUUGAGCUAAUCGGCACCGGCUUUUAUUACAUUGAACGAAGCAAAACCCUAAAUUGGUUCGCCGCUGGAGACUUUUGUCGUCAAAUGGGUGGUCAUCUGGCCAGUAUCGGCAGCAACCUGGAGAUGACCGCCAUCAAAGCAAAACUUACAUCCUCAACUGAUUAUUGGAUAGACAUUAACGAACUUGCGAAGACGGGGGAGUGGAUGUCCCUGACUUCGGGAAAGCGAGCUGGUUUUAUGAGUUGGGCUAAUGAUCAACCAACUCGGGGUAGCGACGAGCACUGUGUUCUCCUAAACGGUCUUAUGUGGGAUAGGGAAUGUGCAAGUCCAUGCAAUUUCAUUUGCCAAGCAGGUGAUGAAAAUGAGUAA